GUAAACAAUGAAAUCAUGGACGUGUUACAAAUACCUCUUGUCAACUUAAAAUCCGUGUCCUUUUUGUAUAUAUAUAUCGAUGGUGAAUAACUUAAAAGAGUAAGUUUAAAGAGGAUGCGAUGUUAUGUAGUUAAGCCACUGUUUAUGGGAUGUAUCCAAGGAAUUUUCUAGCACUUAAAAAGUGUAGGCAUUUAAAUUUAAUUGAAGUGGCUUUUCGGACUCGGCUACACUACCAGAAGUGAGAGGUUGGGAUUAAAAAAUGUUUAAAAUAUUUUAUUGGGUUUGUAAGAUAAAAUUUGGUGUCGAAUGAAAGAUAAUUGAAUGGAAUAUAUGUUUGUAAACUUAAUUCUUAAUUUUAAAUAAAAUACCACAAAGGACAUCCGACCGAAUAGCAUUUGAUUUAGUAAUUUAGUCACAAUGAAUCAGGACACGCAUCCCCGCUGCCGCUCUAUUCGGACCCGGAUCCCUUUGGACUAAAUGCUAUUUGGAUGUCAUUUGUGGUAGUUAAUUUUUGAUAUACUGAAGAAUCAAGUUUAUUAACAUUUAGUCCAUUCAAUUAUCUUUCAAUUAAUACCAAAUUUUGUCUUACAAUAAUAUUUUUUAAUAAACCCGACCGAUUUAAAAUGUAAGGCGGGCUGUAAUACAUUAUGAAAAACUUGUGCGGGCAAAAAGAAAAUAGGACAGCACUUCUGCGGGCCAAAAGAAUAUAUGUCAGGGGGAAAGCUAUUAAUAAAAUAAUAAUAAUAAAGAGUUUUUCGUUACCUCGCGGGCACAAAGUGGGCCGUAUGUUGUGCAGGCCUGGCCUAGAGACCUAAUUGUUCUUUUACCAUACUGAGACCACGGGUUACGGGCUAUGCAGUAAUAUUUAAAAAUAUGGUAUUUAUUUUAGUGUCGCUCUCUGCCAAAUAUCCUAAUAGAUAGGCUAUAGUAUUAGGAAUUGGUGUACAGCGAUUGUGUAUGUUACUUAUAUGAAAUUAGUAAAACAAAGGAAGGUUGAACCUGAAAAAGAAACGCAAAUUGUAUAUUUUACUUAUAUGAAAUUAGUAAAACAAAGUAAGGUUAAACCUGAAAAAGAAACACAACAAAACAACGAACAUAUCUGUCGGCAGGCCUGCCCUCGUCAUCGAACUAAACAGAAAAAAACAGAAUAAAAUUAAAAUUAAUUAAUAGCAACUUAGCUUAGAAGUAGUAUCCAAGAGGGCAGCAAAUGAAUUCUCAGGUUUAACCUUACUUUGUUUUACUAAUUUCAUAUUUUGCUAAUCAGAUUGCAUUUUCUCCCCUUAUUACCCUUGUAUUUUACUUACAGGACUAUAGUACAAUUUACCUGAAUAGGCAACCUAAGAGGUGACAGCCAAAUACAUUGAUUCAAAAUAAAAAAAUUAAAAAGUAAUUGUUAUUUUGCUGACAUUGGGGCUUACUAGUAGAAUUUAGAUGGAAGGGAGCUUACUAGUGUGUUGGUCUAGUUUUUUGUUUAUCCAUUUUAUGUUAACUGAAUAUGCUAAUUUAUUUUUUAUUGACUUUUAAAUUUUCAGUUGUUGAGUUUCUUAAUAAAUUCUGAUUUAUAAAUGGCUUCCACGAGAAAGCUGAGAAUUCUUUGCAUUCAUGGCUAUCGUCAAAAUGCACACACUUUUAAAGAUAAAACAGGUGCUUUCAGGAAACUUCUGAAAAACCAUGCAGAAAUUGUUUACAUAACUGCACCUCACAAAGUUCCUCCAGGAAAUCUUGGAAGUGCUGCUUGGACAGGCCAGCCUGUUUCAGAUAAUCCUCCUGAUGAAAAAGCAGAAGAAAGAGGUUGGUGGUUUUCCCGUGAAGAUGAUUACUUUAAAUCAACUGAAUACAGUGAUGUAUCAAAGGGUUUUCAAACCUCUGUUGACCAGAUUGUGGAAUUCCUUGAGGACUCCAAGGAUGGGAACUUUGAUGGAAUUCUAGGCUUUAGUCAGGGUGCAUGCCUUGUUUCCAUGCUUUGCAGAAUGCAGCAGAAUGGACAGAAAAACUGGUUUAAGUUUGCUGUGCUCAUAGCAGGCUUCAAAAGCAGGUCUUCCAACCAUGAAAUCUACUACCCAAAGGAUGUUUGCAUCCCAAUACCCACGCUCCACGUCUAUGGUGAUGGUGAUCAAAUUGUCUCAGCAGAAAUGAGUGAGGAACUUCUACAAUACUUUGAGGACCCUAAGUGUUUAACGCAUCCUGGUGGGCAUUUUGUUCCAGCAUCUGGUUCACAAAAGAAAACGUAUCUUGAAUUUUUCACUGAAAUGGUGGAUGUUUGUGGUAUAUCCAGCGCUGUGAAAAGUUAACUCAUGUGACUGGUGUAAUCAUAAAAUAAAUUACCAAAACUGUGAUGAUCCUGGUGUCAAGUGAUAUUUAAAAAAUUAAUGACCAUCUGGAACCUUAAAGAAUUUAAUAUUUGUGAGAUUAUGAAAAGAAACAACAACCUAAGAUCGCUAUUAUAGUUCAUGUAUUUAUUCAUGUCAUGUCCCCUCCAAUGGUUAUUGAGCUGACGCAGCAACAAGGCAAAAUACUGACAACAUUCUAAUUUUCCAAAGUAUAAUGGGUAAACAAUUGAAAUGUUAAAUACACUAACACAAAAUUUUCAAACUUUUAAAAAUAAAUUUUGAAAUUUGGGUGAUCAAAUAACUUUGUUCAUUUUAUAACAGGCAUUUUCAAAUAAUUAUUCAGGCCCAUUUGAUUUAAUAAACUUUCUAUUUUAAGACAAGCAUUUUCAAAUAGGCCCAUUUCAUUUAAUUAACUUGAAUACAAGCAGUCUGUUUUCAGAUCUUUGUGCCAACAGUGUGUCAUACACAAAUGUAUUGCUAUCAAACUCAUUACAUUGGCAGGCAGGAGAAAUAACUCCAUGACCAGUAAAAUAAAUCUUAAAAUUGAGAAUGUUGAAAAAUGUAUAAACUCUUUGAGAUGGGUCUAUGGACAAACACCCUCCACCCCCCUUUGACCUCAUGCAUAUGAGUUCCCAGAUGAUAAUUGGUUUGGUGGGGGUUGUAAGAUCUUGUGGAGGACUUGUACAGAGUUGGCCUCAUGAAACGAUGUAUCUUCAGUUCAAUAAGUAUUCCAUCUUGCAGAAACCACAAUGUAAGCACCCAAAAAUGAUUGAGUCCUGGAUGUGUCCAAGCCAGACACUGAAUAGAAAUUUUGCUCUGUCACCCAUAUGACUCACAGGCACACAUACUAUUUCAUUUCACAAGCUGUGAUGCACCUGUCUUUACAUGGCCAACCACAUAUCUUUAUAUUUGAUGGUGUCCCAUCAUUAUCCUACAACACUAUUUUGAAUUAAAGUACUUAAAAUCUUAUCAAUUAUCAAAUUUUGAAAAACGUAAGUUACAUUCUCGAACAACAUUUUAAAAAUGUUUCUUUUGAGCUAAAAUAUUUAUUACACUACUGUACAUUUAUUUAAGAACUAAUACCUUUUAAAUAUCCCUCAGCUAUAUCCUAUAAAGAAUGCUUCUAUUUUUAGAAUAUUUUUUAUAAUGUUUAUAUGUUCAAGAAUAGAAUGUUAAAAUUUAUUGAAGGCUUGCAUAACAUACAAAAUAAAGUUGAUAGCCACAAAAGUGGGGACUGGCAAACAUUUAUGAUUCUUCUUUUUUGUGUAUCCAUACUGGUAUAAAUAAUUAUGAUCUUAAAAAUUGAAAUGAAAUACUAUGUCAUGAUGAACAACACAUGUAACUGCUAUUAUGAAAAUUUAGCAGGGCUGUAUGCCCAUUGUCUCAUAUGGCAUUGUUGCCUUACUAUGAGAGUUGUCUCAUAUGGCAUUGUUGCCUUACUAUGAGAUAAAUGUAUGUGUACUUGGAAUUCCUUUAAAGGUAAUACAUGGGCAUUUUCAUUUUAAUGAAAUCAUAGUACAUAACAUAAUAAUAAUUUUUUGAUCUUGACAUUAUAAAGAAAAAAAUAGAUCUACUGCUUCAGCAUGGAAGAGGCAAGUACAUGCUCUUAAGUAAUGUGUUACCAAUAUCAUUUUGAUAAUAUUUUACAGUAAUAAAAUAACAUUUUUAUACAUGUCUUAUACAUUUGGCAAUCUUGCACUUAUUUUAUACUUAAUUUUUGUUAUAAAAUAUAACAAAUUUGUAAAAGACACCCAAAAAAUCAGUUUUGAGACUUAAAAAAAAUUUAAAAAUCUGUACAAAUAAAUGGUGAUUGACAUAUCAUGCAUUAAUAAUAUAGACCUAAUCAUUAUGCUUGAAUGAAAUCAUUUGAAAUCUCAACAAAUCCUAAAAUAUACUUAAGUCUUGGGUUAUCUCACGAGGUCUCCCACAAAUUAAAUGAAUCAUGGCCAAUAUUUAAAAAUAAAAUAAUGUUUGGCAUUGCUGUGCCUCAGAGUUCAACACCAUCUCUAUCUGUUAAGUGAGUAGUCACAGUAUGCUACUGAACAAUGAGGACACUCUUGACAGAAAUGGUUAAAAAAUACCUUGAGUAACUGAAUGUUCGUCCAAUUUAAUUCUCUCACCAAAAUGUAAUAGGUACUGUAACUGAAAUCCAUUUGGCCCUGUUCUAAUUGUCAUUCAUUGCUCCUAGUUUAUUACUUUAAUUAACUUAAAUAACUAAAAAUAGACUAAACUGGUCACCUGAUAACCAUUUCUCUCAUCAAAAUUUAAAUUUAAAAAAUAAAUUAAUAUAGGGGUCACCUAAAUAACACUGCACAGCCACAGAAUAACCUGUUAAUCCAGGGGCUAUAUUUAGAGAUGAUGAUUGCAGUAUAGGAUUCAAAGAUCAUUUAUUUUACUUUUAUGAAAACUUCCUGAUCUAAAAAUGUAAUGUCUAUAUAAGAGCUUUUAUUGAUUUUAGCUAAAUACAAAAUCUGGCCCAGGGGUCGGUAAUGAAAAAAAAAUAGAUGAACAUAAAACUACCAGUGAAUUAUUGGUUCGGGUUAUAUAUAGGUACAUGUAAAUGUAACAUUUAAUACAUCACAAAAAGAUCAUUUUUAUGUGAUCAUCAAGGCUCAAGAGUAGCAACAUGCAAACACAUAAAACAAAAUGCCUGCCAUUAAGACAGCAAUGUGGUACCAUCACAUUAUUCAGUCUUGGUUUCAACUUGUCCUGAAGAUAUAGAUGCUACAUUAAUUUAAGUUAAAAAUGAUGAUGUUCAGUAUCCUAUACUAUAAAAUAAAAUAAAAAAACCCACCAAAUAUGAUUCCAUUAAGUUGACUUAAACCUAAACACCAGGGUUUUCCUCUUACUCCCUGCUACACAUGUUCAGCCACUACCUCAAAUGUAUAGCAUCUUAAAAGGAUCUCAUCCAUUAUUUCAUACACUGUAACUAUAGCCCAACAGUAAGACAAAAUCAUGCCAUUCAAAUAUUCUUGUGUUCAAUUCAAGAGUAUUGUGUUUGUUGGUGUUCACAGGUGGGUUGGUUUGGUCAUUUUUUUAACCAAAUAAUAAACAUUGAAUUUCGACAAUAUAUAUUUUUAAAAAAAACAAUCACUAAAUAAAAUAGCUGAUAGUUCCAAAAUGUUAACAUUUGGGUAAGUCCAGGAGACCAUCAUUACAAAAUGUCAACAUUUCUAUGUAAACAAGGACUCCAGUGUUAUACCAGCCGGUACCAUAAACUAAUGAACUCCUUUUGUUGAACCAUAAGAAAACAUGUUAUCUCCUAGUGUAGCUUGGCUCAACAACAUGAUACAAUUGGUCCCUUAGAAUCGUUUUCUCUUUAAAUAAAUAAAAACUAUCUGAAAAGUUUACACUACUACUCACCGACUAGACAGUAAAAUGAAGUUUAUAAAAACUGUUUGACUUGACUUACAAAUACAAUAAUAGAAGGCAUCUCCUAUUCCAUUUCAAAUGUUAUAUUAUGGACAAAAAUAGAAACUUUUUUUCCAAACGGCAAUACAUGUUUCCAAUGGGAUGGUUAUUUUUUUAUGGCAUGGCUAUUUAUUUUCAUUCAGAAAAAUAAGGAAAAGGGAACAAUACUUUUAACAUUCGUUUAUAAGUGCAAUAAAAAUGAAUUCUCUCCCUUUUUUCAGUCAAACCACUGGUGAUGACAGCAUGAGAAGGGUAAGUUCUCUUCCAAAGGGCUCUGAUCAUUGUAUGAGAAAUAAGGAUUUUUCUUUUUUUUUCUUUUUUUUUUACUUUACCACCAGAUUUCAAACGGCCAAAAGAUUUGAAGUUAAAAGUACGGUAUAAAAUAUGUAUUUUGUGGUCUGUGAAGAUGAGGAAUUUCACAAGUGACACGUGGUGCUGAGACUGAGCAUGAUAAUUCUCACUUGUUGAGAAUCCUAAAACUAAAUCCCUGCAUGCUUUUUGUUUUUAAAUGUGUUUCCAUGCACUUAUAUAUAACACAUGAUCUUAGCUGUUGCUGAAUCUGAUCAUUUUCUGAAAUAAAAACAACAGCAUUCAAUGUAGGAAGACACCAGAGUAGCUUCUUAUGAAUGGGGUCAAAUUCCUUUUUUAAAAAAAAAAAGCUGUCAUAGACAUAUAGAUAACUGCCUGCAGUCAAAAAAAAAGUAAUACCAACCCUGGGAAUGUAAACUGUUUGCUUAACUUCAGAAAGUUAUUCUAAUUCCCAACAAGAAUAAAUCAAUAAGAGAACUUUUUCAGCUGUUUCAGGCAAUUUUUUUCUUUAAAAAAAAACAACCUUUACCUUAGGAAAAGUUUGCUUCAAACACAUUCUUACCUUUGUAUGUGUGCUACACCUCACCUGCACAUUUUGAAGAAUGGGGACAAAAAAAAAAAGAGAAAAAAAAAUCUGGUAACAAGAAAAAUUCUUUACAUCAUGCAGUGUUAAUAUAAAAGAUAA